AGGCGUUGUCGCUUAAGGAGGGCAGUGCUCGGCGUACCAGCCAGCGUGGAUCCUCUCAAUCAGCAAAAUCCGCGGCUCUUGAGUCUUUCGCCAACAAAGAGGCUGACACCACCUCACUGACUUAAUGACAUAACAGCAAAAAUGUCUUUCGCUCUCCGCCGCCCCUCUGAAGGACAAAGCAUUCCAGGAACGCUGGUUCGCGCGGUAAUUUUCCCUCUCGGUGGCCACUCAAUUUUCUCUUCUCUACUUCUUCCUCCAUCCAUCCCCUCACCAAUGAAAUCUCAUAUCAUUGUUGAACUUCUGCUCUAAUUCAGGGUCCCUGCUUCAGGAAUUCGAAUUCCCGGCUGUCCACAUUCACUCUGGCUAUGGUUCUCUAGGGUCUCGAAGAUAGUUCAUGAUCUCGUCUACCGCACCGGGCUUUAGCAUAUCAUAAGCCUUCGGUCUUCUGAUCCAGAGACCGAAGCGCCAGCUUCAACAAGGUUUCCAUUCACAACAAUAAUACAAGGCAUAAUGGCAUGCUUCUGGGAGAAACUUCUAUGUCACUCCGAUCACUCCGAACGCCGUCAACAUUCAAAGAGGAAAUGGCGAUUCCAUUUUGGCGGCCUGGGCAAACGGUCUCCGACAGACGAACCAGGAAGACGCCAAAGUCAGGGCAUCGUCGACUUACCAGCCAGCCUCUCGAGAAACAACACGGACCAAGCUUCUGCCGGAGCGACGACACCCGCCCAAGAUGAAAUCUUGUCCACGGCUAGUCUUCCCUUGUCAGAAACGGAAGCCCGGUUCAUAUCAUUGUCGGAAUCACCAGGAGCACGUUCUGACGGGGUUGCCAAGUUGGUGGUGGAUUUGCAGCGGAGGGUCUGGCACUUUGUUCAGAAUCUUGACCUGGAAAAUAAUCGUGCGCGGUCCCGUACUCGUUCACAAAUCUAUAAGCCCGUCCUCGACUUGGCACAGCGUGGGACGAGAAACUCUCUAGAUCACACAGACGUUGCGAAACAGUUACAACAACUCCUCCCCCUGUCACCCUCUUCGAGAUCGAAUUCGGAUUUGGUUCAUAUUUGCCAAUUCGGGGUGGACAUCAACGAGGCUCGGCGUAGGAACAUCGGUCACUAUGAUUUCGGAGAGCUAAACUGGGAACGAGAGACUGAAGGGAGACGAACCGAGUUCCCUGAGUUAAAAAAGGACGGCUGCAGACUCCUCAAAGAAGUCGAGUAUCAAGAAUGCGGCGACGACCAGGUUUCAGACACAGAAACAGUACAGCAAGCGGCAUAAGGAUAUGCCCUAAAAAAUCCUUUGAUUUUCUUUCAGGUUCGGCUUAUCGGCUUUGGUUCUUCAGACGGACUAGAAAAGGGCGGGGGAGUGACCUUGAUAUCCACGGGCGUUGUGCUACAGGUGUACACUAUGGAGCACAGGUGCUUGGGCAGACUACAGCUGCCUUUGGUGCACAGCAGGGCGGCGAGUUGGGAACUAGACCGCGAACUUGGACUGGAUAUUGGCAUGCAUGAAGAGAGGCGCAAAGCAGAGUGUGACGAAGCUCAUGAUUAUCACCAUGAGCUGGACAGGCUGACUAUGAUCAGGCAUCAGGUGAAUACUUCGCCUCCGAACGAAGGACGGGAAGGCUUCGAGUGAACGACGAACACAAGCGGCCUUCUGAGCUGGGAGGUGCCAACGCCCACGCCAAUGCCAUAGCUGGGCGGGCACAUGCCUAAUGGCUUAUCUUGCUUCAUUCAUCCUUGGAGAGCCAGUGGCGCCAGUCAAGAGUUUGGGCGAUGGGCUAGAGGAGUAAAAGGCUACAUGUCUGGAUGAAUUCAACGGUUGGUGAGGCAAAGGCGGCCCAAAAGCUGCAUGGGGCAGGCAUAAUAUAUCUACUUGUAUAAGUUCGUAUCACGAAAGGGACGUCCGGGCGUC